AUGGAUUCCAAUUCCGCUGUGCCAUUUCCGGACCUGAACGGACCCGCUGCCACCACUCCCAAGAUCGUCCCCAAGCUCGAACCGCUAGACGAACCGCCUACUCCGGCGCCGGCGCCUCCGCAUCCGGCCCUUUACUUCUCCGACGACUCCCCAUCCGCCGCGCCUCCCGGAUUCUCUCCCUCCAGACCCGACUUCUCCUCCGAGUUCCAUCGUAUCUCUGAGCUCUUCCGCUCCACUGUGGACCGGAGAUUAGGGGAGCAAGCCUCCACCUCGGCCGCCGCCCCACCCGCACCCGCACCCGAAGGCGACCCGGAUUCUCGGGCCAUCAUCCCCGUCCCCAACUCGGAGACCCAGCUAUCCAACCCCGCCCCCCCGACGCGCAAAUACCCGGCCCGCUCGGCGGAGCUGGUCCGGAUCGAGGGUCUGAACCCCCACGAAGAUCGCUACUUCCGGGAAAUCAUCCGCAAGAUCCGGAUGCUGUUCGACUCGCUGCGCGUGUUCGCAAUCGCGGAGGACGAGCGUCGGACGGAGCCGAUGCGCCCCCACAGGAGAACCCGAGGUGACCUAAGGGCGUCUGCCUGUAUGAGGAAGCGCGAGUUGUGGCAGUUUCGGAACAAGCGCGUCGUGGGACACCUCCCCGGCGUUUUAAUUGGGGACGUUUUCUUCUUCAGGAUGGAGCUCUGCGUGGUGGGUUUGCAUGGACAGCCCCAGGCCGGAAUUGAUUAUGUUCCCGCUAGCCAGAGCCAGAACGGAGAGCCAAUUGCCACUAGCAUCAUAGUCUCCGGAGGUUACGAGGACGACGAGGAUGCAGGGGAUGUAAUAGUCUACACAGGCCACGGCGGCCAAGACAAGAACAACAGGCAGGUUUUGCACCAGAGAUUAGAGUGCGGCAAUUUAGCUCUCGAGAGAAGUAUGCGCUAUGGUAUCGAAAUCCGAGUCAUCCGUGGCUUCAAAUACGAAGGCAGCAUCAGCGGCAAAGUCUACGUUUACGACGGUCUCUACAGAAUCGUCCAAACAUGGUUCGACAUCGGCAAAUCCGGCUUCGGCGUCUUCAAAUUCAAACUCUCGCGCAUCUCAAAUCAGCCAGAAAUGGGCAGCACUGUCAUGAAAUUCGCUCAGAGGUUGAAAUCUCGACCCCUGGAGUUGCGUCCCAGAGGAUACCUCUCCCUCGACCUCUCCAACAACAAAGAGAAUUACCCCAUCUUCAUUUUCAACGACCUCGACUCAGACCAAGAACCCCUCCACUAUGACUAUAUCACCAAAACCUGCUUCCCUCCUCACGUGUACUCUCCCGGGAGCACCUAUGGAUGCACCUGCCUCAGCUCGUGCACGGCCAACUGCCUCUGCGCUGUCAAAAACGGGGGCGACUUCGCGUACAACCUCUCUGGAAUUCUUGUGAGAGGUAAGCCAUUAGUGUUCGAGUGUGGGCCCCACUGCCAAUGCCCUCCCACUUGCAGAAACCGCGUGGCCCAAAAGGGGUCGCGCCACAGAUUCGAGGUUUUUCGGUCGAGGGAGACUGGGUGGGGGCUGAGGUCACUGGACUUGAUUCUCGCGGGCUCGUUUAUCUGCGAGUAUGCUGGAGUUGUGCUGACUCGGGAGCAGGCGAAAGUGGUGACGAUGAACGGAGAUAGUCUCGUCUACCCGGCACGUUUUGCGGAGAGGUGGAGGGAGUGGGGUGAUAUGUCUCGGGUUUUCGUGGACUAUGUUUGCCCGAGUUUUCCGUCGGCGCCGCCUCUGGAUUUUGCGGUGGAUGUGUCGAGGAUGAGGAAUGUGGCGUGCUACAUUAGCCAUAGCGCGGUGCCAAAUGUUUUUGUGCAGCUCGUGUUGUACGACCACAAUAAUGUGUGUUUUCCUCGUUUGAUGGUGUUUGCGCUGGAGAAUAUACCGCCGAUGAGGGAGCUUAGUUUGGAUUAUGGAGUGUUGGAUGAGAGUUUGGGGAAAUUGGCUAUCUGUGCUGCUUGA